CUAUCAACCCUUGUGAGGGGUGGACGUCGCGUCGUUUCAACCCCCGUGGUCUACAAACAAUCGUGUUUAAAAAAACAAAUACAUCACACAACUAACAGUGACUCCUAUUUCAUUAUGGAUCCUCCAAGUAUAAAAGUGGAAGAAAAGUCCAAUUGUGCCCCAAAACUCCAGAGGUGGUGCAGGAGCCGUCGAUGUCAGUUGUGGAGACUACUCCUUCUCCCGUUCAUUCCAAUCCUGGCCCUCAUCGUGCAGACCACCUUAUCUUUGAAGAGUAGCAUCACCAAUGGACGAGAUGUCGCUGAUGUUGAAGAACAGGUCAGUCGAGCAACAGAAUUGGGAAAAUUGGUGACGAGGCUACAACAAGAGAGAUCAGAAGUGGCUUUCUUCAUUUUUACCAAUGGAAGCACUCUGAGGUCGAAUUUAUCCCAACGGUUUUCGGGUACAAACAGAGCAAUCGAUCAGAUGGGUUCACUACCCAUGUUGGUGUUCAAGAAUCGAUCGAAACCAGUUGAUGGAGACGCUUUCAAAACUGAACUUGAAGAAUUAAGAGCGAGUAUAAACGCGGGUACUUCGAUGACAGAGGCUGUGGAAUGGUAUACGAAUGCUAAUGCAGCUCUGCUCAGCCACCUCACGAAAGAGAUUAAAGAUACAGACAGCAGUACCAUAUGGAGGUACUUGGUCGGGUUCAAGAAUUUGCUGAGGAGUAUUGAAUGCAAAGGCAUAGGUUCGGUAUUGGGCAUCAACUAUUUCGCGAGAGGAUAUCUCCAGCCAAAAGCCUAUGAAAGGUAUAUUGCCCAUAUGGUCUUGGGUCGAGACCUAUUAGACAACACGUUGAAUCUGGUGCCUUCCCUUAUUCCUCUUCACAAGGAUAUUAAAGAAGACAGCCAUGAAUAUCAGGACUUGGAGAAGAAAAAUCAACAGAUUGUGGACAACAAACAUCAGGAUGGUAGUGUGGCUGACGCCAUAGAAUACUUCGAUCAGACUGCAACCUUCUUAGACAAGCUGAGAGCUGUGCAGAAGCAACUGAGAGAGUAUAUAAGGGAUGGCGUAACUGUGAGUUUGACGGAAGCUCGAAGGUCGGAGGUGGUUUGCGCAGGGAUCCUAAUCCUGGUAUGCGUCGUGUCUCCAAUCAUCAUAGUGCUGGUUAGAAAUGCUGUGAACACCAUACAGGUAUAUGCAAGUAACUUGGCUGAAAAGGCUCGGGAGUUGGAAUAUGAGAAAGAACUAAGUGACUCCUUACUCUACCAGAUGCUGCCUCCUAGUAUUGCCAAACAACUGAAACAGACACAGCAGGUGCCAGCUGAAUUCUUCUCUUCAGUGACUGUAUACUUCAGUGAUAUAGUUGGUUUCACAGCCAUUGCAGCUGUUUCUACACCGUAUCAGGUGAUAAGUUUCCUGAAUUCAGUUUACAAGUUAUUUGAUGAGAAAAUAGAAUGCUAUGAUGUAUACAAAAUCGAGACGAUUGGAGAUUCGUACAUGGUAGCGUCCGGGUUACCCGUUCGAAACGGCAACAAGCAUGCCACAGAAAUAGCAAGUAUGGCGUUAGAAUUAUUGGAAGCAACAUCUAUGUGUAGACUGCCGCAUCGACCUGAUCAGACCUUAUGCAUGCGAAGUGGAAUUCACAUGGGACCCUGUGUCGCUGGUAUUGUGGGAAGCAAGAUGCCUCGGUACUGUUUAUUCGGAGACACGAUUAACACUGCGAGUAGAAUGGAGAGCACUGGAGAACCGAUGAAGAUUCAAAUAUCGGAUGAUGUAAAAAAGGCUCUUGAUAAAACGGGACUAUUCCUAACGGCUCCGCGGGGCGUAGUUGAUGUCAAGGGCAAAGGCGAAAUGUCUACCCAUUGGCUGGAAGGCAGGAUUGGGCCCUCUCCAGAAAGGCCAACCGCUUCAUCAUUGGACUGCACACCUAGCUUCUUAGCCAGAAUCCAUUCCCAGAGAUCACCUAGAUACCAAUCUGGAAAACCGAGGAUACAAUAAAUACAGUACAAUUGUUUUACUAACAUCGGUUUAUUUAUUAGAUUCUCAGGUCAGGCAAGCCUAUGUUCAGAUGGCAAGCGUUAAGCGCACGCUUACUUCUACACGCAUUUUGUUAGCGCGGGUUAGCGUGUGUUUGUCUGAAUAAAAUGCGUGUAGUUGUAAGCGCUCGUGAUGUAACAAAUAUUGGCAGCGUCGCAUACGCGUUCGCAAAUGAAAAAAAUUACAUAGGUACGUUACAUCACUAAAGCGCAAGUUUUAUUUUAAUGAUGCUUUGACGAUGUCAAAUUUUAAUAAAGGUUCAUGUAAAUACAGAGCGUUGUAUAUAAUAGACCUGCCAUAACUGGCAAAAACUUUAUAUAGUACUACUAGUACUACUAGUUUAUAUAGUACAUCUAGCGGCCGAAGCAAGAACUGAUUUACAUCCAAAAUAUUUAGAUGGAAGCAAUUGUGACGCUUGACAGAAAUUCAGUAAAAAUGCCAGCCGAAUGUCAAAAGUUGAUUCCAAAGAUUUUGGACAUCUAUUAUGAUCAGUAUAACAUGCACGUAUUAAUUUAUUACUACCAUUUUGGUCAGCUCCACUCAAUGAGUCCUCAGUUGAGUCAUCCACUUAUUAGUGUGUUGUGUAUAAUCAGUUUGACUGUAUGUAUGUUAGGUCCAAGGAAACUUUGUUCUCAAUAAAA